UACAGCGGUGAUCCUCAGAGCAGCAGAGAGAGAUCACAGGAGUCUGGGCCGCUGCAGAGACGUUCAACGCCAAUCUGUACAAAAAAUAAAUAAAUAAAAAUACCUCAACAAAAACAAAAACAAUCUGUUCUUUCAGUCGACGUGGAAAAUCAUCAGCAAACCCAAAGAGCUCCGUGUUAAAAGGGAUUAAUUCUACUGCAGGGGGAAAAGCAGGUCGUGAGAGCGAGCGCAGACGGAGGGAGGGAGAAGGCGAGGAGUUGCAGUUGGUCGAAACCAUUUUUGUCCUGGCGGAUAUUUUCGAUGUCGCCCUAUUGGGAAGCUCAUUGAACGGAGGGCUACGUUUUUCAUUCAUAGCCUAUCCAAGUCAUCCUCGGCUGAACCCUGAGCUCGUUGUUUCCUCACACGUCCCUGGGAUUCACUGCAAUUAGGUCGAGGGUGAAUUCAUUAAAACAACCAGCACCUCUCCGUGUGCAGACAGGAUUUCAGUGUUGGAUGAGGGAGAUUCGGGUUUGCUGACUGUGAAGUUAGCUAUCACUGCUUUCUGUUUUCUCUCUCGCCCUGUCUCUCUCCGAGAAAUGGAGGCUGAAGAUGCGGAUUGUCGUUGGUGUGAAAUACACGGUUCGAGACGUUUCAGAUGUCCCAGUCGCUGGCAGGAAUAAUAAUGCAUCUUCAUCUUCAUCGAGCUGAAUGUUUUCUCAAGAGGAAGAAUUUUUUGCUUCAGCGCAACUGAAAACGCGGAUUUGUUUUUGAUUAGGAAAAAGACGAUUCGGAGCCGCUUUGGUUUCAUAUCGGUGUGCUGUUUUAUAUAAAUAUUUUACAUUUCUAUAUGUGUGGGACGAGGCCUUUCUGUUUAUCAGAAAAGCGUUGAAUGCGACAGGAAUGAGAUCAGGAACGACGAGGAAUAUUUCGACCUUCUUCUGGGGUCUGGUGCUGUGUGUGUGCACGAUGCGCCACUCCGCCAGCGGACAGAUUGGAGAGAUCUGUGGUCCUCACAUCGAUAUCCGCAAUGACAUCAGUGAGUUCAAGAAGCUGGAGAACUGCACGGUGGUGGAGGGCUACCUGCAGAUCCUCCUGAUAGGAGAUAAAAACCACAACCCUCAUCAGGAGUUUCGCAUGCUUAGCUUCCCAAAGCUCACCAUGGUCACAGACUACCUACUCCUGUUCCGUGUAGCUGGCCUUGACAGCCUCAGCACACUCUUCCCAAACCUCAGCGUCAUCCGAGGACGCAACCUCUUCUACAACUACGCCCUGGUCAUUUUUGAGAUGACCAGCCUGAAGGACAUCGGCCUAUACAACUUGAGGAACAUCACGCGAGGUGCCAUUAGAAUCGAGAAGAACCCAGAGCUGUGCUAUCUCGACUCGGUGGACUGGUCACUCAUUAUGGAUGCAGAGUUUAAUAACUUCGUUGCUGGAAACAAGCUGUCCAAAGAGUGUGGUGAUGUGUGCCCUGGCAUUAUGGAGGACAACCCUCAGUGCUUCAGGACCAGCUUUAAUGACAAUUAUAGCUACCGCUGCUGGACUUCCAGUCACUGCCAGAAAGCAUGCCCACCAAAAUGCAAGGGUCAAGCCUGCACGGAAUCGGGCGAGUGCUGCCACCCACAAUGCCUGGGGAGCUGUACAGAAGCAGGGAAUGACAUGGCGUGUGCCGCCUGCCAGCAUUAUUCCCACGAGGGCCGCUGCGUGCAGGACUGUCCUCCUGGCACCUACCGUUUCGAGGGCUGGCGCUGCAUCACCAAGGAGGUGUGCGCCCAGGUCCACCUGCCCAGCGAAGUAGACUUCGUCAUCCACGAUGGCGAGUGCAUGCCUGAUUGUCCACCUGGCUUCACCCGCAAUGAGAGCCAAAGUAUGUUCUGUAGUGCGUGUGAUGGCCUCUGUGAUAAGUUCUGUGAUACUAAAACCAUCGACUCAGUGGAUGCCGCCCAGUCCCUGCAGGGCUGCACUGUCAUCAAAGGCAACCUGCACAUCAAUAUCCGUCGAGGCAACAACAUUGCUUCAGAGCUGGAGAGUUUCAUGGGCUUGAUCCAAACCGUGACAGGCUAUGUGCGGAUCAAACACUCUCACACUCUGGGCUCCCUCUCAUUCCUGAAGAGUCUGCGCUACAUUAAUGGAGAGGAGCUUUUAGAUCAGAUGUAUGCAUUCUCAGCACUGGAUAAUCAGCACCUGCAGCAUCUGUGGGACUGGAGCCAGCACAACCUGACCAUCCGAGCAGGUAAACUUUUCUUCCGCUCCAACCCUAAACUCUGCAUGUCUGAGAUUCGUAAGAUGUGGGAGAAGACGGGUGUCUUGGAGAAGAUGGAGGAAGAUGAUGUUCGCAACAACGGGGAACGCGCUAGUUGUGAAAGUCAUAUUCUAAGAUUCAAGUCCAACAAUACCCAGAGCAAUCGAAUAAAACUGACCUGGGAACGCUACCGACCGCCAGACUACAGAGAUCUCAUCAGCUUUAUAGUCUACUACAAGGAAGCACCGUUCCAGAACAUUACGGAGUUUGAUGGACAGGAUGGUUGUGGGUCCAGUUGGACCAUGGUAGAUGUGGACCUCCCACAGGAGAAAUCUAUGGAUCCAGGAGUUCUGCUCUACCCGUUAAAGCCCUGGACGCAGUAUGCCAUUUUUGUGAAAGCCAUCACCCUGGUGGUGGAGGAUAAACAUACUCUGGGGGCUAAGAGUGAAGUGGUCUAUAUCCGCACCAAAGCUUCGGAGCCUUCAAUGCCCAGAGAUGCCCGUGCGUAUGCAAAUUCGUCCUCGUCUUUAGUGGUGAAGUGGUCUCCUCCCAUUUCCCCAAAUGGGAAUUCCACCUUCUACCUGCUCCGCUGGCAACAGCAGCCCGAGGACCGUGAGCUCUACCAGCACAACUACUGCUCGAAAGAACUGAAGAUCCCAAUCCGCAUCUCAGCCACAGCCCUGUCAGAAAUGGAGGAGGACACUAAGCCCACUAAAUCAGACGUGGCUGGUGGUGAGAAAGGCCAAUGCUGCCCGUGCCCCAAGACCAAGGAAGCCCUAAAGGCAGAGGCAGAGGAGCGUGCCCUCAGCAAAGUGUUUGAGAACUUCCUCCAUAAUUCUGUAUUCACACCCAGACCUCACAACAGUAGACGUCGCCGGGAGCUUUUUGGGGUUGCUAAUGAUACUUUAACACGAAGCUUGGGCCAGAACGUGUCCGCGUCGGAAGGCAACAUGACUGAACCGGAGCUUGUAGAGCGAGUGUAUCCAUUCUCGGAAACCACGUCUCGGACUGAGUUCAUGGAGAUCUUCAACCUGCAGCCAUUCACGGUUUACCGUAUAGACAUCCAUGCAUGCAACCAUGAGGUCCAGCGAUGCAGUGCCGCUGCCUUCGUCUUUUCCAGGACAAAACCUGCAGAAAAAGCUGACAACAUUCCCAGCCUGGUAACCCAUGAGAUGGAUGAGAGGACAGAGGGGACGGUUCUGUUGAGAUGGCCCGAGCCUCCACAACCCAGCGGUUUAAUCCUCAUGUAUGAGCUUAAGUUCCGCCUUGGCUCAGAGCCUGAGAAGCAUGAGUGUGUGUCACGGCAACAGUACCAGGAAUUUAGGGGAACACGGCUAACCAACUUGGGUUUUGGCAACUACUCAGUCCGUGUGAGGGCCACCUCGCUGGCAGGCAAUGGUUCCUGGACUGAGCCAGUGUCCUUCUACGUCCCUCAAUCUCAGCAAGCCUAUGACAGUAUGGUCUACCUAGCCAUUGUACUACCUAUCAUAGUGCUGAUCUUACUUGCCACUCUCAUCACCACCAUCAUCUUUGUCAAAAAAAAGAGGAACAGUGAUAGAUUGGGAAAUGGAGUUCUCUAUGCCUCUGUAAACCCAGAGUACUUCAGUGCAGCGGAGAUGUAUGUCCCAGAUGAGUGGGAGGUGGCUCGUGAGAAGAUCACUCUGUGUCGGGAGCUAGGCCAAGGUUCUUUUGGCAUGGUGUAUGAGGGCAUUGCCAAGGGUGUGGUCAAGGAUGAACCUGAGACCAGGGUGGCCAUUAAGACAGUUAAUGAAUCAGCAAGCAUGCGCGAACGCAUUGAAUUCCUCAAUGAAGCCUCUGUCAUGAAGGAAUUCAACUGUCAUCAUGUGGUACGGCUGCUGGGAGUAGUUUCCCAAGGCCAGCCCACUCUUGUGAUCAUGGAGCUGAUGACACGUGGUGACCUGAAGAGCUACCUGCGCUCCUUGCGCUCAAAACAGCAGGGUUCAUGCAGCCAGGCCCUCCCGCCGCUGAAGAAGAUGAUUCAGAUGGCCGGCGAGAUUUCUGACGGCAUGGCAUACCUCAAUGCAAACAAGUUUGUCCACCGAGACCUGGCUGCCAGGAACUGCAUGGUGGCCGAAGACUUCACUGUCAAAAUUGGAGAUUUUGGCAUGACACGGGACAUUUAUGAGACGGAUUACUAUCGGAAAGGAGGCAAAGGACUCCUGCCGGUCCGCUGGAUGUCUCCCGAGUCUCUGAAAGAUGGCGUCUUCACAACAAACUCUGAUGUCUGGUCAUUCGGGGUGGUGCUAUGGGAGAUAGCCACCCUUGCCGAGCAGCCCUACCAGGGAAUGUCCAAUGAGCAGGUACUGCGCUUCGUCAUGGAGGGAGGCCUGCUGGACAAACCGGAUAACUGUCCAGAUAUGCUAUUCGAGCUGAUGCGCAUGUGCUGGCAGUACAACCCCAAGAUGCGGCCCUCCUUCCUGGAGAUCAUCAGCAGUAUCAAGGAGGAGCUGGAGCCUUCCUUCCAUGACGUCAGCUUCUUCUACAGCGAUGAGAACAAGCCACCUGACACUGAGGAGCUCGACGUGGAGGUAGAGAACAUGGAAAACAUCCCACUGGACCCCGCCUCCACCCUGACUCCACCCUCCUCUCAGGGGCUUACAGAGACUGCUACUUUGCCCUCUGCCCCUAUGACCUGCACCUCGGUCCCUACGCCCUCCACCUCACCUUCUUCCUCUACUGCAUCCCCAGCCCUGGACUCACACUUCGACAACACACAGCCGUACGCACACAUGAAUGGCGGCCGCAAAAACGAGCGAGCGCUCCCGCUUCCACAGUCGUCGGCCUGCUGAAUUGCCCCCACAUGCACACGGUAUCCCAAAAUUUCUCUCACCUAUGUUUGUGGUCACAUGUACUUUCUUUUUCCACAGUCAAAGAGACAAACUCAAGGAGCAAAGAUGGAGUCUAUACCCAGAUAGACAAUGAUAGACAAUGUCCUACUGUAAAUCAGUACAUUGCUUACUUAUUUUUAUGAUGGUUAUUAUUAUUUUAUGGGGUUUUUUGUUUGUUUUAUUUCAUCCCAGUGGAAGAUUUCUGUGUGGGACACAGAAAGGCUGCGUAAUGCUCUGGCAAUAUUUAAAAUGACUCGCAUAACCAUCACACUGGGGAGCUGCAGCAGAAACUUCUUUUGUAUCAUAUUUUGUCGCUUUUUAAUUUCUUAGAGGAAGUUUAUAGAGGUAUAAGCAUAUUCUCGGCCAGAGAAUUGUAUUUAAAAAGAAAUUUUGCGUAUCAGCCAACAAGCCCAACUUCUGAGCACUUUUUAAAGGGCUUGUUUGUGUGUGUGUGUGUGUGUGUGUGUGUGUGUGUGUGUGUGUGUGUGUGUGUGUGUGUGUGUGUGUGUGUGUAUGCCUAGAGGUGUAUGUGUGUUUUUUGCCAUAUGAAAGCACACAUAUUCCUCUCUGCCAUGCUACACAUCUCUCCCUCACUUGCUCUCUUUAUUGUCACAUUUCUCUUUCAAGGUAGAGUAGUGAGCAUCUCUGCUAGGAUUGCUUGUUCUCAUGUCAGAACUGUUGCCUGGUUGGUUACAUUGUCCUUUGCUCUAACUUUUUCAGUAAAAAAAGAGAGAUGGGGCUUUUUGAAACUGCCAAAUUUUCUUUUGCCAAAUCAAUACUAUAUUGUUUUUUUUUCCUCAUAUUUAUUAAUCAGCAUGUUUAUGUUCUCUCCUUACUUCCCAAAUUUUGGUUGGACAAGACAGUAUUGCAGUUAAGAAACUAUAGCUCCUACACUGGUUUCAUGCUUUUUUUUUUUGUCUCUGUAAAGCAGUUGGUCUGCUCUCCCUUCUGGCAUGGCUCUGAUUGUCCGACUGUGACAUGACCACAUCCACUCCAGCAUCCGAGAGAUGCAUAGCCUCGAUGUGUUGUUUUAAAUGACAUAAAAACAGUCUGACAGCAAACUACAACAAAGUACAUGCUCCAAGUGCUGAGCCAGAUAAGAGGCAUACAUGAUUGUCUCAAAUAUGAAGCGAACGGUUUAGGCUAAGAGGAUCACCAGUUUUGACACUUGUCUGCAAAGACUCUGAGGCAUUGUACACAGCAGGUAUUUUGUUCAACUAGUUAUUUGUCUCUAUACAAAUCCGCCAAUUCUAUGAAGGUCUUACAGUUGUAUGUUAGACCACCAGAUCAUUUACACACAUCAUUGGUUUGUCACUUUUGAUAACUUUUUUACGGCUCUGAUGUUCUUUGUCUGUACAGAAAGAAGCUGCUAUUUUAUCCUUUUUUCUUCAAGGAUGUUAUAUAUAUAAAUAUAUAAAUAUAUAUAUAUAAAGAAAUCCUUCAGGUUUAAUAUUUUAUGAUCUCCACUACAGUCCAUUUUCUUAUGCUUUAUACUCUUCUAGCAAAAUGAACGAAAAACAAAAAAAGAACAAAAAAAAGGAAGAAAAAAUUAUAUUUAAUAAACAAAUUUUUCCCCUUCUGCUGAGAGGUUGUUUAGAUUGCCACAUACAAUCCAUUGCCUUCUGUUUUUAAUGUAUCAUUAUUAUUAUUAUUAUUAUUAUUUUAUUAUUAUUAUUAUUAUUAUUAUUAUUACUGUGUUUGUGUAGGUUUUUAAAAAUGCCCUUGGUCUGUGCGAGUAGUUUUGGCACCCUUGUACCAGUUGUCUAGCAUUGCACCAAGUCCUGCCCCCUGGGUGCAACUGAAUCUCAGGUCAGAGUUAAAGAUUUUGCUCUCUCCACGCAUCCUCGUCCCAGCUCCUUCUUCUACUCUGUUGCUUUGUCUUUGAUGUAAUGGCGCUCUCUCUUGCUUCUCUGCCUCCCAUAUGAGUGUUGUACAGUAACUUUUCUGCUUCCCCCAGUGCCUCUUUCUUAAGUCAAGACUCAUCUUACUUUUGUUGUGUUUUUUUAUAUCACUAUAACCCCAUACAUAUAAUUGCUUAGCAUCUGACAGGGCUACAUGGGUCGUCAUAGGUUGCCUUACAAACCCCAACCGCUUGCCUGCGCUCUAAAACAACAUGCUGCUGCAUUCUCCAACACGUGUCAGCAUAGCCACACACACUCAACGGGCGCAGGCUUCUCUGAAGAAACAUCUGGAAACCAAAUACAGACAGGGUUGGAUUGAAUUCCAUUAUAGUGGUCUUGUCAUUUCAAUGAAAGAGGUUAGUUUUUGGUUUUAAAAACACUUUUUUAUGGAUUCCUCUUUGUAUUCUGAGAGGAUUCACCCAUGUGUAAUUUGUCCCUUCAUAAAGGCUGUUCUCCUCUUCUGUAGGGUUAUUUAUUGUUUUAUUUUUUGUGAUAUAUGUUUAAAUCACUGUAUAAAUGGCCCAAUGUAUAUGAGUUUUUAUUUGUAUUUUCCAUGAUGUCAUGACUGGGGGACUUUUUUUUCCAUUUCCUUGAAGCAUUUAUCUACCUCACUAUUUUUUUUUAUUAUUAUUAUAUAUGUAUGUGCAUAAAACAAAUCUCACUAUUUUCUCAUAUGUCUGUAGGAGACAAACCUCAGUCUCUAGACGAAAAACCUCAUCAGCAUCACAAACCACAUGCUCUCAGAGGACUGGAGAGAGGAGGGCUGUGCCGCUUAUUGCGAGCCUAUUACAACCAUCCCAAAUUUCUCCUUAAAAACAAAAAAACACGCAAUAUAUUACAGAGGAAUGUAGGAAUCGGACUGAUCAUUAGAAUUCUAGGCUUGGGAAGAAAAAAAAUAUCUAAAUCAAUGCAUAUCUUUGCAUAUUUCCAAAUUUCUUUGUACCCUGAUGAAAAUGUUAUGUGUGAGUGUAAAUGGCUCAUAUCUUUGUCAGAAGUAUAAAUACGACGUGGCGUAUAAUAUUUGGGACAGAGCCGCAUAGCUUUAGCCAUCCUCUCUCCACUCAAUAACACGAUUUCCACAACCAGGAAUCCUCAGAUCAUGCAGCUGGCUUUGAGGUUUUAUUCAAAUACUGCUGUGAUUGAUUUCCUGCCUAAACACAAACUGUUGAAUUUCCAAAGCAAGUACAAUUAAGGGAAAAAACUGUACGUGUAUAUAUAUA